CCUCACCUGAGCAGCAUCAGCCGUUCCUCUCCAAUCCCCAAACCGCUGCUUAAAUCUCAGAAACCCGCCAGCAAAAUGGCAUCAUCCCAAGAUAAGAUCACCGUCUACAAUCUCGCAGACCUAAAAAACACCUCGGACGAUGCAAUCCCUAAUUACCUCAACAGCCUGGGCUUCACCCAAUCCCACCGGCUAACCGAUGUCCGUCUCGCGCUGGGCUACACGGCCUUCGCGCUCGCCGCCGCUUGCUUCGCGUGGGAUUACAAGUUUGGCUUCGACUCGACCAAGCACCUGACCGCGGCCGCGGUGGCGCUCUACACGCUCCUCAACGGCUUGCUGACCCUCUGGGUGUGCUACGUUGAGCGCGGGACCGUCUACGUCGGCACCGCGCCCUCUGCCGCAGGCGGCGAGACGGUGCGGAUCAGCACGGCGACCAAGAAGAACGUGCCGACGUACCAUGUCACGGUGGAGGUCACGGGCAAGGGAGGGAAAGAGGUGGUGGAGACGGUGAAGGUCAGUCGGUCGUUUACCGAGUGGUUUGACGGGGCGGGGCGGUUCGUGGCGGCGCCGUUCCAGGCGAUGCUGGCGGGUUCGGUCGGAGUGAUUGGGCGGGCGGAUCCGAAGAGGGCGGCCAAGGCGAGGGAGGAAGCGGACGGGCCCGCGGCGUAUACGCCCGAGAUGUUGAAUGUGCUGGCCCAGGCCAAUGUCAGCGUUGUUGGUUCUGCGGCGGAGGAGGCGACUGGGUCCGAGGCGGCGGAGGCGAAGAAGGCGGGGAAGAGGAGGAAGGCGUGAGAUUGUGUUUGGAUACAGAGGUCAUAAUGGCUAGAAGUUGGCGCAGGCUUGGUGCGUAUGGACCUUCAAAAGGUAUCAAACUCCUUGGUUUACAAGACACGGCACAUGUUAUCAAUCCAAUAUGACAAGAGGAGAGAUACCCAUGGUGAGCGUUCUAUUUCC